AGCACUAAAAGCCGCUUAGAAGGUCUGGCAUCACUGAUUCUAAAAACACGCGCAAGCAAAAUAUUAUAUUUAAGAAAUGGAAAGUAGUAGUUAACAAAGGUUUAAACGUAUUAAAGUACUAUUUUUAAAACAAGCCCUGCUCAUAAAGAACAGCGAACUACCUCUACCAAAAGAUUUUAUAUUCAUAAGGCCGAAACCCGACACAAGCUAUCAUGGCUGGCGUACUCUUCGAGGAUAUUUUCAACGUGAAGGAUAUGGACCCAGAGGGCAAGAAGUUCGACCGUGUGUCCCGCUUGCACUGCGAGUCCGAGUCCUUCAAGAUGGACCUCAUCCUGGACAUCAACUCAUGGCUUUAUCCCAUGGAGCUAGGCGACAAGUUCCGCCUGGUUCUGGCCACCACGUUGCGCGAGGAUGGCUGUCCGGACAGUGGAGAGUACAACCCCAUGGAGCACGAGGGCACGCGAGCGGACAGUUUCGAGUACGUGAUGUACGGCAAGAUAUACCGGAUCGAGGGCGAUGAGGCGCAUAACGAGGCGUCCCGGCUCUCCGCUUAUGUGUCCUUCGGCGGCCUGCUAAUGCGACUUCAAGGAGACGCCAACAAUCUUCACGGCUUCGAGGUGGAUCAGCACAUGUACCUGUUGAUGAAGCGGCUGGCCUUUUAAAUUCCCUAUCUUCUUACUUUCGUUCGCAAAUUAGACAUAAACAACAAACUUUA